AUGGAAAAUUCACAAGAUCCACAAUUUCAAAUACACCACCUGGUCCACCUAGUCAGCCAAAAACUCCUAUACUUUCCUUCAAUGAAUUUCGGAAACGAAAGUCGGACGAAAGGGUACAGCAUGCGGCAGAAAAGAAAGAAAAGAAAUCCCCCAAAGGAAGUUCUAAUUGGAAUAGGAAUAAUGACUUUGACAAAAGCGGAAUUAAAACCCAUGAAAGGCAAAGCCAAGAUGGUCGGAGUUUCUGCAACCAUUCGCAAGUUGGAACUUCUUAAGGUGUCAUACGAAAAACACUGUGCACACGAUCGUAAUUUCGAUAAAGAAGCAGAUUAUACACUUGUUUACCCAGAUAGCACAGAAAUUUUGUCCCUUCCAGACCAUCCUGACCAUAUAGUUCAAUUGGAUGAGUAUCAUAAAGAUGUUGGCAAGGCAUUUAAUUGCAUUACAAUGUUCCUUUUGGAACGAAGUGAUCAGGAACUUUAUAACCAGUUACAGCAAGACAAUGGCAGUGACACUGAUAGUGACUCAGUUCCUGAAAAGGAAAGCCAUAUUGGGCAGAUGUCUGUGAUUGAAUCACUUGCUCGUGCUGGUUCAACUUCUAUACAAACAAACAGUCUCUCAAUGCAAGUCUCUACCAAAACAUCAACAUUCAUGUCACAUGAUUCGAUUGUUGUUGACGACCACAACCAAGGUUGCUCAAGCUCACAGGUAGAGAAUGAUUUACCUUCUGGAAAAUCAGGAUUUUCUAGGGGCUUUCAAAACUUGAAAGAAAUGUUCCCCACUAAGAAUGAAUGUGAAUUGAGGCAGGCAGUUGAUGCAACUGGAUCUUUGGAAGGAGUAAUUAACUUGCUAGUAGAAGUUCAAGACAGAUCAGUGAGUGACUUGUAUGGGUCUUUAUUGAGUGAAGAAUGUGAGGAUAACAAUGAUAUUUACCAUGAUGAAGACGAGCCAUUACAUGAAUCAAAAACAUUGUAUACAGUGAAUGAAACGCUAACUGAAAGCUUAAAAACUGAAAGGAACUUAAUAUGGAUAGCUCAGGGAACUUGA